AUGCCCUCGUACGAGAGCCGGCACAUGCUGCGGGUGCUCGACUCGCCGGAGGUGCUCGCCAAGUCCUUCAUUGGCUACUGCAAGCGCCAUCACGUGACGACCCGCGGGUGGUGCCGUAUCGGCUACGUGCAUCGCGCCCCUCCGCAAUGCACACACUCCCACCCUGGCAACUACCUCCUGCGCGGCCUCAUCGCGAGCCGUGACAUCGCCAAGGAUGAAAACGUGGUCAUGAUGCCCGUCACGGCAUGCCUGCAUCCCGGCGCCGCCUUCCGCUGUGAACCAUUCUGGAAAUUGCUCGCACCGGAGGUGCAAUCAGCCCUGAGUAGCUUGACGUGCGCGUACAACAGCCGCAUCGCCGACCGCUCCCUCAUCCGGCACAACCAACUCCUCCUCGCUCUCUACAUGACGUACCUCGUGCUGCUGCAGAACUGCAACGCGGCACAGUUGUCGGCAACGCCAGGCGGCGACGCUAUCGAGUACAUCAACUUCAUGCCGCGAAAUGAGGGAAACUUUGAGCAAUUCGCCGCGCACCUCGCAGGGUGGCUAGACGCGCCGGAGAUCUGCCGCAGCGCCCAGGCCUCGCUCGCUUCCCACUUCCAGCUGACCCAGGCUGAGGUGCGCCCGGUGAUCAUCUACGCCCUGUGCAUGAUCUACAGUCGCAUGGUCCCCGUGGACCACCGUGCGUGCCUGCAGUACGCCCUCCAGUCGACGCCGUUGGCCCGCGCUUGGGAUGACAUCGAGGCCACAGCCGCCCCCGCCGCGCUUCCACCACCGUCAUCCUCAGGGAGUGUUGGCGACGGCAGCGUCCACAGGAGCGGUGCGAACGCCUCGCUUGUGCGAGACCCCAUCUCCUUCCUGUGCCCCGUGAUUGACAUGUGCAACCACAGCAACCACGAAAACGUCGCCGUCAUGGUGCCCGAUCGCGAGACAACGCCCGUGACGAGGCCGGUCAUUUGCCUGCGCACCCUCCGCCCGAUCACGAAGGGGGAGGAGCUCACCAUGACGUACGGUGCCGUCCCUCACGAACUCAAGCUUAUAUGGGGAAUGCAGGAAAUUCUCCCGUAG